AUGAUAUUUUCGAGUGUUAUAUGUAAGAAAUUAAAAGUCGAAGAUUCGUCAUGCAUUAAAGCAGAUAAAGUAAAAGAAGAGUCUGUGUUAAAAACUGAUGUUUGUUCUGAAAUAGAAUCAAGACAAGUGGGACAGUCCGACGAAACUGUUCGUUAUGAUCUAAAGAAACAAAUUGAUAGAGGAAAGUAUAUAUCAUACUUUAGUGAUACAAACAGGAAAACAGUAAGAAAUGGAGAAGAAAAAUAUGUGUCAACAAAGUCAAAUCAUACACCGAAUAAAGAAAUCUAUGUGGGUGAACCUAAAUCAGAAUAUCAAAUUUACAAGAGGAAUGUACAUUAUGAAGAGAAAUAUAAUGUACAGACAGGAAAGAGUAAUGCAAAUUAUAAUCAUCAAAUAGAUCACUAUUAUGGCUAUAGACCAUGGUGCAAAGAUAUAAUAAAAAAUAUAGAUUCAUUUAGCAUUUAUGGCUCUGACAAUUUUAUCACAGAGUAUAAUGAAAAUGCUAAGUAUUUGGAUACUUCACACGUAUUAUUUAUUCUUCGCCAUACGAAAUCCAUAAUAGAAAAAUUACAGACAGAAAUGACUGUUAAAAAGACGAUAGCAAUUCAUGGGAAGGAAAAUUUUAAUCAACAUAUUAAAGACCGACGUGAACUUCUUAAUCAAUUUUACUCUCACAUAAAAGACACAUUGUUAGAGAAAGAAGUUCAAAUUUCUCCUAAUGUUGAAUUAUUAUACAGGAGCGUGAAACCUGUUUUAAAUGACAUGGAGAAAAUAAAGAUUCUUACACGUUCUGUAAAACAUCCAGUCUUGAGAUACAGGGAAACAGCACCCUGCAUUGCUUUCUAUAGGGGUGCCUUACAUUUAAUUUUUUGGAGAAAAACAAAUGUGCAAACAAUAAUGUCGCCAAUUACUCAUCCCACAAUGUUGCGGCUUGUUGCUGCCAUUGGAGCUGUGAAUGCCUCUGAUGCAUUCCCGUUUAUGAUAAACAAAGGGUUGAUCGUGGAUAUUUACAGCAGUGGUGAACCGGCGACUCCUCACGUGGUGGAACAGAACCUCCUGGAGCUUUACUGGAUAAGGUGGUUGAAACGAUUAAAACUGUUCCAUAUGAAUUUCAAUAAAAAGAUGAAAUUUUUCGAAUAG